AUGAUCUUACUUGCCUCGCGCUCACAUGCCUUCGGUUUCUCCUUCCACAUGCAUCCGUCGCCUCUCCUCAUGCUCAGAAAUUUGGAGCUGAGCAGGACUCAAGCCAUCAGGUCGGUGCGAGGCUACUGGAGCGACCGGGGAUGCGUGAGCAACAGGAGGGCAGCGACAGGAGCAACGCGCUUCAUGCACAGCAACGACGACAUAGCAAAGAUCGUAAAGAUGUCUGCGACCUCGCUGCAGUCUCACAAGAGUUCGGACAUGUCGGCUGUUUCCUCGCAGGUCCUCGGCGAGGUAGGCAGGAUGGUGGUUCUGCGAUGCGGCUUGACAGCAGAGGGCGUGAGCUCUGCCAACUUCCAGGGGAUGAAAGUGAAACUCGGCGAGAAGGAGGAAGGAAUCGUCUUGUGGCAGAGAUUCCCUUUCGUCUUCGCGCUGAAGGUUUCCCAGACCGCAGGAGAGCUGGAGGAAACGAGCGCAACGGUCAUCAACCAGAACUCGACGCUGAAGGUAGACGAGACGCUCUUGGGGAAGACGAUCGACUUCCAGGGCAGAAUACUUGGAGGAGGCGAAGCGAGCAAUGGAGAUGAUGUCCUGAUGUUCGGGGCAAGCACCGCACAAGCAGACAUGGCGACCAUCUCGAAGCCGAUGCACACCGGCAUCACAGCAGUCGACUCGCUGGUGCCGAUAGGGAAGGGUCAGAACAUGCUGGUGGUGGGAGGCCUCGACCUGGGCAGGCGAGAGCUCGCGAUCGACGCGGCGAGCAAACAGGCGCAGGAGGGGACGAUCGUUGUGUACGUCGUGACGAACGGGAAGGAGAAGGAAGUGAGCGACGCGCUGAAGCAGAAGGGAGCGUUGAAGAACUCGAUCAUCGUUGCUGUAGAGCCCUCACAGGGAGCCGUCGACCCCAGCGUGUGUGUGGCAGCAGCAGCAGCAGGAACUUCGAUCGCGGACUACUGGAGAAGGAAAGGGAAGGACACGCUGGUGGUUGUUGAUGACCUAGAGGAGCACAAGAAAUUCUGGGAUCAGACGGAGCGAAGCAUCCUGCAGGAGGUCGGAUUAGAAACGCUUGCAAACAGCAGCUCGGCCAUCGCCGCCGCCAACUCAGAGAUGCGGGCCUUCUACUCCUCCUUGUUUCAGCGCGUCGGGUAUCUGAACAAUCAGGCCGGCGGAGGCUCGCUCUCCAUGCUCCUCCUCGUCGAUCGUCCCCGGAUAGGCAGCGGCGACAAGGGGAAGAAGUUCACCAUGAGCGACUUCGACCCCUCGCUCUAUGGCUCCAAGGUGAGAGCUAGGAUCCAGCUGAUGGAGGACAAGGGGAUAGCGAUAACGGAGGAAGUGCUCGGAAAGUUGGGCAUCCCCUCCCCUGGAGCUUCAGCGCAAGAAGUUCAGUUCAAGCUGAAGCACAUAGAGGAGCUUAUCUCCCUCUCUGACGGUCAGAUCAUUCUCAGCGAGAAGAUGCUCGAGCAGGGGAUACGCCCUCCCAUCGACCCUGCCAGCUCUGUCGCCAGGGUCGGCAUAGGAGCUGACAACUUGGCAGUCCCCAACUCCAUGGCGAUGCGGCAGGUCGCCUCCCGCCUUCGCUUCGAGUUGUCGCAGAUCGCUGACUUGCCCAGGGACGAUCGCUCUCCUCAGGCCGAGAAGCAGCGAGCUCGCGCUCGCGCAUGGCAUGCAGCGAUGCAUCAGAGCUGGGGAUCUCCUCGCCAGUUCAGCGAGAUCAUCGUCAGCCUGUUGGCUGCGGGCGAGGGAAAGCUAGAUCGUCUCUUCGAGCAUGAAAGCAAGGAGUUCCAGAAGCCUCGAGCCAUCGUCGACAAGCUUGUGGAGCACGUGCUGUCAAAGAAUACCGAAGAAGUCGACGACCUGUGCACAAGCAUGGAGCUGAAGCCGCGAGCUCGCACUGCAUUCUUGAAGUCGAUCGAUGAGUUUAUGGCUUCUCUCGGUGAACAUUAA